AGAAAACAUAUUCCCUCGUCCUCUCUCCCUCCAUUUUCUGCUCAUCUUUCUGUCUCUUUACAGGACUAUUACAGCCUCAUAAGAGAUCAGCAAAUGUGGGCGUCGAUAUCUACGACGUUUGCCUAAGCUGAAGAUUUCUGCUGCCACCACCUCAGAUUUGAACAAUGUUGUGUUGCGGAGGAGCAGAGGAGGAGCCUAAUCCUCCGGCCAACCAAUACACUGCUCCACCUAAGGCCGGCAUUCCCUAUGCUGGCGCCGGUGGAGGCAAUGGGAGGGGAGAACCGAGGUCUGGUGCAAGAAAUGGACCGCCGCAGAAAGCGUUGCCUAUUGAGAUACCAGCAUUGUCAUUGAGUGAGCUGAAUAGACUGACCGGUGAUUUUGGGACAAAGGCCUUUGUCGGAGAGGGCUCCUACGGCCGUGUCUACUACGCCAAGCUCAGCGAUGGCCGUGAAACCGCCAUCAAGAAGCUCGACACCUCAUCAGCCGAGCCAGACUCUGACUUCUCAGCCCAGUUAUCUAUGGUGUCGAGGCUCAAGAAUGAGUAUUUUGUGGGACUGCUGGGAUAUUGCCUUGAAACAAAUACCAGAAUUCUUGCCUAUGAGUAUGCCACAAUGGGAUCCUUACAUGAUGUGUUGCAUGGUAGAAAAGGGGUGCAAGGGGCUGAGCCUGGGCCCGUUCUAACAUGGAACCAGAGAGUGAAGGUUGCAUUUGGGGCUGCAAAGGGGCUUGAAUUUCUGCAUGAAAAGUGUCAACCUUCUAUUGUUCAUCGCGAUGUUAGGUCAAGCAAUGUGCUGCUGUUUGAUGAUUUUGUUUCGAAAAUUGCUGAUUUCAGCCUAACGAACCAGUCGUCAGACACGGCGGCCAGGCUGCACUCGACAAGAGUCCUUGGAACAUUCGGCUACCAUGCUCCAGAGUAUGCAAUGACAGGGCAGAUAACUCAGAAGAGCGAUGUUUACAGCUUCGGGGUCGUGCUUCUUGAACUCCUCACUGGAAGGAAGCCAGUAGACCACACCAUGCCUAAAGGCCAGCAGAGUCUUGUCACUUGGGCAACUCCAAGAUUGAGUGAAGAUAAGGUGAAGCAAUGUGUUGAUCCCAAGCUAAACGAUGAUUUUCCACCAAAGGCUAUUGCAAAGAUGGCUGCUGUAGCAGCACUUUGCGUGCAGUAUGAAGCAGAUUUCCGGCCAAACAUGACUAUCGUGGUAAAAGCGUUGCAGCCGCUUCUAAAUGCUAAACCAGCUGGACCUGAUUCUAAUGCAUAAAAACUGCACUAAUGAAGCAGCAAACAUAAGUUUUGCGUGUAAUACUCUCUGUUUUUCAUGUAUUUGAAAGAAUCCUAUGUAACAGUAGCUGCUUCUUCAGCAGUGGUACCAUGUAAUACCUCAUAUGCAGAUGAAUCUAUUGCCGUUGUUAUAGACCAAAAAACAGUUUGAUCCAACAAAGUUCAGCUGCCAUA